CUUCUCCUCAACAAUCUUUUUAUUCAGUACACUUUUUGAGCCUUUGAAUCCGUUUUUCCAAAUUUCAGUACGAGUUGGUUUAUGUUAGUGAGCUGUUUUACUUCUGCUUACGUUUUACAACAUGUCUCUUCAAGUAAAACUGUACACUCCGUCGGGCGAAAUCCGCCGAUUCAACUUGGACGGCAACGCCACAUUUUCCGCACUGCAGCAGCGUAUUCGAGAUUUGACCGGAAACGAUAACUUGCGCCUGUUUUGGCAAGAUUCCGAAGGUGAUUUCGUGAUUUGCGGAUCGGACGAUGAGUUUAAUGAAGCCAAAUCCAUGCAUAAGCCGGGCAAUCCCCUGCGCAUUUUCGCCAAGCCAGGCCGCCCGACGGCCUCGGAAAACGUUCAUCAGCGCGUGACCUGUGACGGAUGUCGUGGUGCAGUGGCUGGUACGCGCUACAAAUGUCUGGAAUGCCCCGAUUACGAUUUAUGUGAGAAAUGUAUGGGAGAGCGGCAACAUGCCCAGCACGAUAUGCUGGCCAUCCGCACACCGGGAACGCAUGCAUGGAAGAAAGCCUUUGCUCAGGGAUACGGCAACCGUGCCGGUUUCCGCCCUGCCGGAUGUCCUCGUUUCGCUCGUCCCGGUUGUGGACCGUGUCGCCCACCGAACUGCGGACCAUUCCAACCGGGUACCAUCCCGCCUUUUGUCCGUCACAUGAUGGAAACUUUUGGACCGGUCAUCGACAAAACCGUGGAAAUGGACAUUGACCUUAACAAACCACUGCAAGAAGUCAUCGGUGACGUGGCCAAAAACAUUACGGAGGCACUGAACACGGUCAGCCAGUCGGCGGAAACUGAACGCCAACAGGAGCCAAAACAGGCGACCACCACCGAGGAGAAGAAACAGGAGCAGGAGACGGCGGACUUUGUCACCGCGAUGGCCAGCGCCGUAGCUGAUGCCGUCAACGUGGUGAGCGAUGCGUUGAAGGAGGUCAUCCCGGAGGCGGAAAACGGGUGGACCCAUCUGCAGCCCGAACCGGCCGCCUCCCAGUCGCAGACAGAAGAGCCGCAGCCCAGCACCUCGAAAAGCGAAGAGAAGCCGGUGCAGUCGGAAGGCAGCAUUGAAGCCGCGCUGCGUGCCAUGGAGGAGAUGGGAUUUCCCAAUGAGGGCAACUUGCUGCGCCGUUUACUGAUUAACUACAAAGGAGAUAUUUCCCGUGUGCUGGACUCCAUUAAGUAAAAUACUUCUUCAAUGACAAUCACGAUUACCUAUAAUUUGGUAUGACUACGAUAUUUUUUGUGUCAGUACUUUGUAUAAUACAAAAAGAUGUUCAUUUGGCCUGUCGCUUAACAGUCAUCCCACUUUUGCUGUCAUGAUUACGGUAGAUAACUGCGUCAAAUUAAAACGUCGCCGCUAUCUACCGCCGCAAAAUAUUUCUCUGUAUAAACUUAUCCACUCGUGAUUUGUUUACUGUAGUGCACUGGCAUGUUAUUAAGGACAAUAAAAAAUGCGAAUUUGU